AUGAUCCAGUGCUGCACGUUCAGUCGGGCCGCCAUGGCCGUUCUUUUCCUUUGUUGCGAAGGCACGGCACGGCAUGGCGCACGAGGGGCAGUCGCACGCGGAGAUCCCAGAUAUACCACAUGUCUGCUGGCGUACUGUAUCUCGAUCAGCUGCACCGCACCGCACUCCUCGCUUUCCCCUUUCCCCCGAUCCUUACAAAAAGUAAACGCGCCAGCCGCCAGGCCCAGAGAACCUUCGCCCCAUCGCCACUACCUCCGAUUGAUUCUCCCCCGCCACCGCCCGCCGCCCACCGCACCGCAUCAUUCCUCCUCAUCCGUCGCCAAUCCGCAUAAGGCUCCCGCGCCGGCGCCGGCGGGGUACCCGACGCACGGCGGCCAGGCCGCGCGCCCGCAGUCCACGGCCGUCGCCGUCACGGCGGCCAGCAACGGCGCCGGCAACCCCUACGUGCAAGUCACCCCGGCCAGCGCGUCCCCGUCCACCUGCCAGUCCAUCAUGAAGGCGCUGGGGCGGUACGGGAAGCUGCUGGAGGACGGCACCCGCAAGGCCGCCGACACCACCGGCAACAUCUGGAACCACCUCCGGACGGCGCCGAACAUGGCGGACGCGGCGGUGGCGCGGCUGGCGCAGGGGACCAAGGUGUACGCGGAGGGCGGGCACGAGCGGGUGUUCCACCAGGUGUUCGGCGGCGUGCCGGGGGAGCAGCUCCGCAAGGCCUACGCCUGCUACCUCUCCACCUCCUCCGGCCCCGUCAUCGGCACGCUCUACCUCUCCACCGCCCGCCUCGCCUUCUGCAGCGACUCGCCCGUCUCCUACCACGCCCCCUCCCCCACCCAGCCGCCCGAGCCCAUGUACUACAAGGUGGUGCUUCCGCUGAACCAGGUGAGGACGGUGAGCCCGUCGGCCAGCAUGUGGAGGCCGUCGGAGCGGUACAUCCAGGUGGCCACCACCGACAGCCACGAGUUCUGGUUCAUGGGCUUCGUCUCCUACGACAAGGCGCUCAAGCACCUCUCCGACGCCCUGCAGCGCCGUCCCUGA